AUGUCUACCCGCGGACAGUUCAACACCAAGAACCCAACCAUCAAGCGUAUCUUAAAGGAAGCUUCCGAGCUGUCCACCUCGCCCUCUUCAGACUACCAUGCCGAGCCGCUAGAAACAAACCUCUUCGAAUGGCACUUCACAUUGCGAGGUCCGCCUGCGCCCUCCCCCUACGCCGGCGGCAUAUACCACGGUCGCAUCAUCCUCCCACCUCAGUAUCCACUCCGCCCGCCUUCCUUCCGCUUCCUCACUCCCACCGGCCGCUUCGAAGUCAACAGAGAGAUUUGUCUGAGCAUAUCGGGACAUCAUGAGGAGACGUGGCAGCCGGCCUGGGGCGUGAGGACUGCCUUGGUCGCCAUACGAAGCUUCAUGGAUACCGAUGCAAAGGGCCAGCUGGGAGGAAUCGAGUGUACCAAGGAUGCGCGUGAGAGGAUGGCCAAGGACAGCGCCGUCUGGCAAUGUGCAGCAUGUGGGAAGAAUAACGCCGACAUCAUCAAGGACACGGACGACCUAGUAAAGGAAAUCGAGGAGAGGGAAGGCAAGCGAAAGGAAGAGGAGGUUCCUGAAGAACUACGUCUGGCAUAUCGCGACCAGCUGAGGAAGACGGAAGACGAGGGGGGGCCAUGGAUGGAAAAGGGCAAAGUUGUCGAGUCUUCGCCGUCGUCUUCGUCAUUCCAACCCAUGCCUGCGCCAACAGUUCCAACGUCAAACGUAGCACCGUCUCCCACCGCACCUACGCUCAGACCAACAAGGACAACACGACCAGUCCCAGUGCAGCAACUCGCACAACAGAAUCCUGAUCGCUCCUUGGCCUGGAUCGAUACAUGCAUCUACGCUGUUGUAGCAGCCUUGCUGUUCAUGGUCGUUAGGAAGUUUGCAUGA